AUGUCUUCCUCCGAUGAUAGAGACUCGCAUGUACAUGUGCAAUCGAAACGGCGGAGAGUACGGAAAGGAACCCACAGUUGCUGGGAGUGCAAGCGACGCAAGGUCAAGUGCUUGCUGGAUCCGAUCGAUCACUCCAUCUGCAACGGUUGUCGACGGAGGGGCACAAAAUGCAUCAGUCAAGAGUAUCCCGAUGAUGCUACAGAACGUGCUUCCAUCCUGAGAGAGGGAAGCUUGCAUACGACACCGAGUGAAAAUGGGCCCGAAUCUGAAUAUCUUCCCACUCCACCGGAAUCAGUACAACUGGCGGCUCCUUCACGAUCGCUGACUUUCCAACAAUCGCGACUUCCCGUGGGCAUCUCAUCAACAGCUCAAGAUAAGCAUGCAAGACUGUCUCAGUUCUUGUACCAGUCACUACCGUUGUCCCAGGAUAUGGAGAUAAUUUGUAAUUCCCAUACACAUCCCUUUGUUCCCGUCUUAGCUCAUGAGAUGUUGACUGUACCGUACACCACGCUACAAAAAGAUGGUUUACAAACACCUCAAAGCUUGUUGAAACGACCCGGGCCAACUUCUCAUCCGGUUUUGAUCGCCAGACACAUGCUUCACGUAGCCAUCUUCCUCCAACACGUUUUUCCAAGUCGAGGAGAACCGAAAGGGCUAUCGGAAACACCACGCGCAAUUAGAGACAGAUUGAGCGACCUCGCCAUCAGUCUUGUGACCAGCAACGACGAGCUUCUGGGUAGCAUUGAAGGUCUGGAGUGCGUCAUGCUGGAGAGCAUGUAUCAAGCGAAUGUUGGCAAUCUUCGAAGAAGCUGGGUGUCAGGUCGAAGAGCAAUUGGAGUUGCGCAACUGAUGGCUUUGGACCAAACCGAACAUCGAAAACAGUACAAAGUACUCGACCCUCAAACCGAACACCAUCCGCAGCUCAUGUGGUUCCGAAUCAUCUUCCUGAGCCGCCAUCUGAGCCUCAUGUUAGGCCUACCCCAAGGCGUUCCCGACAGCGGCACCUUUUCCGGUGCUACUUUCGUCAACGAUACUCCCACCGGCCGUCUAGAGCAAAUCCACUGCAUUCUCGCCUCGCGCAUCCUCGAUCGCAACGCAGCUAAAUCGAGUGACUACGCUCUAACACGAUCACUCGACUCCGAACUGCAAAAAGCAGCCCGAAAUCUACCCAGCAGAUGGUGGCUCGCACCAAACCUCGAAAGCAUCACAGCAACCAACUCCGAAGCGUUGUUCUGGGACACUCGACGACUCUUCGCUCAGGUGCUACACUACAACCUGCUGAACCAGCUCCAUCUCCCAUAUAUGCUCCGGUCAUCAAUGGCAACCGAAAACCAGUACAGAUACUCCAUGUUCACCUGCGUCAACGCCUCGCGGGAACUACUGUCCCGGUUUAUCACGCUCCGGGGUUUCAACCAGAUAGCCUACAGCUGGAGCUGCCGAAUUGUCGACUUCCUCGCCCUCAUGGCUGCAAUGUCCUUGCUACUAGCCCACCUCGAUAGUCACGGUUCUGAAGAUACACAAAGUCUCCUCGCCCACCAGUACAUCACGGAUCGCGCCAUGAUUGAACAAGCCCAAGAGCACAUGGAGGAGAUGAACCGACUCAACUCGGAUGCUCUCAGUGCUGAGAGUGCAGAUCUGUUGCGCCGACUGUUGGCCGUCCAAGCCGAAUCGCUGGACGAAGGCGGCGGCUUCGCUCGAAGAGUGAGUGUGCAUGAUACUGCUGCCGAGGCGGGGUUGCCAGAUACACUACUCGACGAUUCGGUAGUCAGCGUACAUGUCCCGUACUUUGGUGUCAUCAAGAUUGCUCGCGAGGGUGUGAGCAAGCAGGCUCCAGUCGAUGUGAGCACGAUUACGACGCGUUCACAGGUUACGUCAGACAACACCAACCUUUCCGAAUCAUCGUUCUACGAGGUCCUACCGACUAAUCCGAUGCAGUAUGAACAGACCCCUGAGCUUGCUGCUGGUGGAGCGGAUUGGCCGUUUCAAGGAGUUGACAUGGCGUUCUUUGACAGUCUAAUGAGUACUGUAGGGAGCCAGGGAAACGAUGCGUUUAGUAAUCUGUAG